UCGCGUUUCAGUAAGCGCCGCGACAGCAGUAGGAAAAGAACUAUUAUUGUCCAAAUUUACUAUUCCGGUGCUUUAAACAUAAAUUAAUAUGAAAAAAACAAAAUAAAAUUCAAAAUUAAAUAAACUUUAUAGAUAUUUAAAAAUUUUACAAUUAUAUGUAUUAAUUGAAAUGGUACUUAAAUGGGGGGUAGUGAUAAUUAUUUUCGUGUAACAGUUUCACUUAAAAAAGAACCAAAUACUGGGCCAAUUUAUUGUAAAAUGGAAAAAUCAAAUAAAUAUCGUCAAAAAAAAACUGUUAAAUUAUUUUGUGAUGCCGUCUACCGUUUCGAUGUCAGCUUUAAACCACCUCAACAAUUGCAAUUACUAAGUAUCGAUGGAAAAUUAAUCGAAGUAACAGAACAAUUGAGGGAUGGAACUGCAUGUGCUUACAGCGCUUAUUAUAGCACAAACAAUGCACAACCGAGUCCCAAAAGUCAUCGUCAAGAAUUACCCAUUACAAUUAGAGUACUUGGAUCAGAAGAUCUCAAAACAUGUCUACAAAUAAAAUAUUAUAAAUCCGAUGAUCAUAAACACUGUGAAUGGGGCUCAAAAUUACAUUGCAUUGAAUUAGAUUGUUCAAGUUUUGAAGGUAAUCUUGCAACAGUAAACAAAGAAACUUAUCGAAAAAUAGGUGCUGAACCUUAGCAUUAACAUUCAACGAUACUGAAUACACAAAACUAAUAACAUAUAUAAAAAUAAAAAACAAUUACAUAAAUUUAAUAAUGUGAUUCCUAUGCUUCAAUUACAAUAUUUGAUUCUACCUCAAUUUACGAUUUACAUUAAUUAAAAAAAAAUAUAAAAUUUUAAAUAAUAUUAUAUCCUAAUUUAUUGAAAUAAAAUUUAAUCUUUCUGUGUAUAUUCUUAUAAACACUAAAAUUAAAAAACAAACAAAAAAUAUAUACACAAUUUUUCAUUAUUAAAAAAAUAAAUAAUUUAAUCGAAAUAAAUAUAUAGUGAUAUACUUGAAAGUUAAAAAAAAAGUUAUAAUGUUUUUAAAUUAUUGUAUAUCAUAAGUAUUAAAUUUAACUGAAUUUAUAUUUGUUGCAUGCUUUGCCUGUAAGCCGUCCAGUACAAAAAAAGUCGAUAUUUCAUUUGUUCACAAUAAUAAGUCAUCGAAAUAAUAGAUUAUUUUUGUAAUGCUCUACUGAAUUACUAUUAAAUGUAUGAAAUCGAUAAGUGGAGCAAUUGUUUGUUUUAUUUAAUAGAUUAUAAGUAUAUAAAUGAUGAACAAUAUAAAUUGAUAAGUUGAUAUUGAUGUUUGUUAUAAAAUAAUCAAUGCCACUAAAUCGAUUGUAAAUGUAACUAAAAAUAUAUCAAAAUAUCAUUAUACUUUUUUUCAUAAAUUCUGUAAGAAAAGUGAAAGAAUUUUAAAUAUUUU